UGGCCAUUUCACUCUUUCUCUUAGGUGGGAGUAUCACGCUAUAUUUAUGAUGUUUUUGACGACAAGCGCAUGAAGAUAGCUCCAAGUUCCCACAAAGAAAACGUGAUUUUGAAAAUAUGGGGAGUCGUAACAGAGUUUGUCCAAUACAAAACGAUGAGAAAUGUGAAAAUGAAGAAGGUAGCCUGCAAGAAACAUGUCCUGUUUCAAAUGGUUUGGCAAACAGUUUUGCUUCACACUUCUCAGCCGUGGAGUUUUGUGGUCAAAUUGCAAGACUCGAUUCAUCCCUUAGUCACGACCAAAAUGCUUUAGCGGAGGCAAGUACAUGUGAAACUCAGUCUCGACCUCCCUCCAGAGUUUCCCCAAUGGAAGACGAAGCAAAACGGGAAAAUGAGCAAAAUAGCUCGCAAGAAGCUGCCCAUCAUGUUUCGAAUAGUUCGGCGAAUGGCUUUACUUCUCAAGUCUCAGCCGUAGAGUUUCGUGGUCAAAUUGUAAGACUUAAUUCUUCGGUGAGUAAAAGCGCUUUAACAGUGCAAAGUGAUCUCCCUGCUCGUCCUCCUUCAUCACCGAGUUCCUACACGAAGAGAAGGAAUAGUGAUUAUGUUUAUGUUGAGAAAAUGCUGAAAGAGAUAAAUGCAUCUGCAGGCGUUGAUUCGUCUUCAAGAAGUAGAAAGGAGAGUGUCCCUGCCUAUGAGCCCAUUUUGGAAUUUGCGGUCGAUGGGACUGCAGAACAGAACGAAGAGGACGGCAAGGGACAAGAACCGAGCGAGAGUGGAGAGGAAAGCAUUGGAAGGACAAAAAAUGAACCAUGUUUAUCUAAAGCAGAAGAGCCGAAUCAAGCUCUACUGAAAUAUUUCGUCACGCUAUCAAGCUCGAGCGAUUGCAAUGAUUCGCUGGAUUUAGGACACAUUCAAUCGCUGUUACUUGAAGGAGCCUGUGUCAAUACUUGUGAUCGCUUUAGUCAAACGUUACUCCAUGAAGUGUCCAGGAACUGGGGGACAGAUGUAGCGCAGUUUUUCAUCGAUAAAGGCGCAGACGUCAACAGUGCCGAUGAUUUUGGACGGACUCCUUUACAUGUGGCAGCUUCGGCUGAUUAUUCCGAGAUGGUCAGAUUUCUUAUCGAAAAUGGUGCUGAUGUUGACUUGACAACCAAUGGAGAGAAACAAACUCCUCUUCAUUUUGCGGCCAAAAAUGAAGCACCACAAAGUGUUAAAAUUCUUUUGGCUUACGGUGCGGAGUUGGAGGUUCGGGACUACAAACAACGCACCCCAUUGCAGCUUGCAGCUGAAAGCAACAGCGCUGAAUGCGCUAAAAUUUUAUUGGAAGGAGGUGCAACAGCCGGAACAAGAGACGACAGUGGAAUGACAGUACUCACGCUGAUGAUCACGAAAAUGCCGAGUGUGGCGCUUCGAGCCUUGGAUCAGUUCCACGUCACAGACAGAUCUCAUCGCAAGCAACGAUAUUAUCUCAACUUCUUGGAACAAUGCGACCCAGAUACCAAACGUCAACCAGUCAACCUCUCACCCUUGCAAGCAGUCGUGGAAGUAAACUGCUUCGAGCUUAUUAUGCAUCCGAUUUUCCAAAGACUAAUUGAAGUCAAAUGGGGAUUCUUUGGUCUUGGGGCUUGGCUGGGGAUCUUUCUGAACGUCCUGCUUGCUGUGGCCUACACUGUGCUCGGAGUGACGCAUCCUACCGACGUGGCUGAUUAUUAUUACCCACUCAGCAAAAAUGCGUGGAAGAUUCCCCUGGAGGCUGCCGUCGUGCUUUUAACGUUCAACGAAAUCAGAAAAGAGAUAAAAGAGUUUUACCAGUCUAAACGAGAAAAUACAAAGUUCAUAAGCUGGAGGAAGAAAGAAGUUAAACGCGAUUUGCAAUAUUGUCAUCCUCGAUGGACGCAAGAAAAAAACUUUAUCAAACAACAUGUGAAACAGAUCAAACACCGAAAGAAGACGUACUUCCAAGACAAGUGGAAUUAUUUGGAUUGGGUGGCGUAUCUAAUGCUGAUCAUUGUGAUCAUACUUCACAUCAUCAAUGUCGUCGUCGAAAACAAUCAGUAUAAUGGAUAUUUCACCCGGAUACAUGCCUGCACGAUUAUCAUCAUUUGGGUCCGCCUGCUGAAGUUUGCUAGACCCUUCCCAAGUCAGGGACCUUUUGUAGUCAUCCUGGACAACAUCCUAUUGGACACAAUCAGAUGGGGCUUUGUCAUAGCCAUGUUUUACAUCCCUUACGCAGCAGCUUUUUGGAUGUUGUUUGGCCCGGGAUCCAUGCGUGAGCCUGUGAAAGGAUACGACAACGUGGGACACUUAGCCUUCACUAUCAUCCGCUUCCCACUUGUGGAUAACUACAACUUCGACGACCUGGAAAAAGAGUACCCGGUCAUGUCGCGCAUACUCUGUGGUUCUUUCCUCAUUCUCGCUGCCAUCGUAUUAAUGAACUUGUACAUUGCGUUACUGUCGAACACGUUUCAACGUGUUUAUGACAACGCACGCGCGACGGCUGCAAUGCAGCGCGCGCGCCUUCUGCAAGAUCUUGAAUCGUCUGCCUCCGAACGUAGAGUGGAGCGAUACAGGGAUCAUAUCCGUAACAGAUGCAGCCCAGAGGGGAACGACUUCUUGGUAAUCAUAUCCGACGAAGAAGAACAAAACAGGAAACAAGUAGAGAAAAUCGCCUUAGUUCAUACCAUUGUUAGCGAUCGUCUGGGAGGGAAGAAGUUUGGAAAAGUACGAAAGAGCGAGUUUGACACAGUGCUGGAAGAUGUCGACUCCUUGAAACGCUCUCAGAGUGAAAUGCAGAAAUCUGUUGAUCACCUUCAUCUUCGUUUGGAUGAGCUUGGAAGCCUCAAUGCCCUAAUCUAUGAAGAAAUUGCUAAAUUGAUGCAACACGGGAAAAAACAGAUCUCGGCGAUUAGUGAUGUUAACACCGAAGUUACCAACGUGAACACUAACAUGGAGUACAAGGUUGAGAGUCUUUCCAGAGGCAUCGACUCUGGAUUCGAAACUGUGGAAGCUGAGGCCAACCUGAGAAACAGUGUGCUAGAGGGCAACUUAGGCGCAAGAUUUGACCAGCUACAGACAGAACUCAUGGCAAUUAACUCCAAGUGCGAUGAACACGAAUCACAUAUCAAGCAGUAUGAAGAGAAUCUCAUGGCUAGAGUAGAACACCUGGAGGCGUUUGUAGUAAGUAUGGAGGACGACAAAAUCAAGGAGAAACCCAAAGGAAGAAAAACCAGUGCAAGACCUAAAUCCAGAGCGACCACCCCAAAACCAUUCCAAAUGAUUGAUGGCGACAGAGAAGUGGUCAAAGUGGCAGGAACGUCUCUAGGGAAAAGCGCACUCGAUGUGGAAACUGUCUCUGACCUGGUUAGUGCUAAUGGAGAUACCAUAGCUGAGAAGCAGAAAAAAAAAUCAGUCAUUAUGUCGGGUCAAGCCGCGAGAGACGAGUACGUGGCUCGACUAAAGGGAGCAUUGGCACCGAUUCCACCCUCAGAUUUGACUCCGCGUACAGAGGAUGGUGAGGCAAACAAAGGAUUAGAAAAAACUGACUUGGAAAGUGCUAAUGGAAACGCGAUAGCUGAGAAGCAGAAAAAAAAAUCAGUCAUUAUGUCAGGUCAAGCCGCAAGGGACGAGUAUGUGGCUCGACUCAAGGAACCAUUGGCACCUAUUCCAUCCCCAGAUUUAGCCCCGCCUACAGAGGAUGGUGAGGCAAACAAAACUGACUCAGAAAGUGCUACUGGAAAUGCAAUGGCUGAGAAGCAGAGAAAAAGAUCAAUCAAUAUGUCAGGUCAAGCCGCGAGAGACGAGUAUGUGGCUCGACUAAGAGGAAUAUUGGCACCGAUUUCACCCCCAAAUUUACCUCCGUGUGAAGAAAAGAGCGAGGCAGACAAAGCAUUAGACAAAACUGACUGAGCUUCCAUUUGUUGAAACUCGAUUAAGUAGACCAAAGUAAAGACAUUUUAAAAAAAUGACUUUGUCAUCCCACCUUGUACUUUUUCGUAGUCCAUACGCCAGUGUAAAUAGAAAUGAAAAAUUAACUUAUUUAAUCGGUUCGAUGUUUUGGAAGAGGCAAUAAAGCCAGUAAAUGAAAUGAUCAUAGUGACAGAGCCUUUGAGCAGAUAUGAAGGCUGGGGCUAAAGAUCGCUGUUAGGAAUUCGUAAUACAAAUUGACUCGUACAUUAAAAAUAAUCAGAUUUUUCUUUAAAUUCCGGUGUUUCUGGCAUAAACGUAGACUUUCUUAUUAAGCGUAAAUUUGGGAAAGACUCCUUAACUAAAACGCACUAAU